AUGUCAAAUGGGAUGCAAAAUUCGCAAGCUGGACCAUCGGCCUUUGCGAAUUAUGCAAGUAAAUUCUUAUCUGGUAAGAUGGGUAAUCGUGAGAUAGAAGGAAGCCAAAUAUUUCGAUCACCUUCUCCACCUUCACCGUCUCAUGAUCCCUUCUUGCCUUCACCUUCGAUCACGAGUUCACAUCCACAUUUAGCUGGGGGAUCAAGAUCACCUUCACCUCAUCGAACUCCACCCUUCCCUGGUCCAGGAAUUGAAGGAAUACCAGAUAUCGAUGAAUCAGCAGCAGAGAGCGGAUUGGGUGUAGGACUCUUAUUUGCUGCCCCAGAAGAUAGUGGUCCAAAGAAUUCAUCCGACGCAUCUCGCGGAAAUGAAAGAUCAAUACCUAAUCCAUAUGCAGCAUCGUCUUCAGAGUCAGAAGUAGAAGAGGAGGAGGAAGAAGGUGAACCAGAGAUUGAUUUGGAUGAAGUUGCGACUGUACGAAGAUCAUUACUCAAACCCUCUAUCCAUCAACAAAAGAAAUCGGUUUACCAGAGAUCAAAGAAAGGCUGGUUAGCUCAUCAAAGUGUUUAUCCAGCUUCUUCAUCUUCGUCGGGUGAAGAAGAUGAGGACAGUGACAAACAGACAGAAUCCGAAUCAGAGGAGGAAAUACCAAAAAUGGGUGGUAAUAGAAGAAAAUCGAGAUCCAGAUCUCGUGAUAAGGAUGACGAUAAUGAUAAUGAUCAAGAUCAAACUCAAGGUUAUUUGUUAUCUCCUUCGGAAUUGUAUAACGUUUCUGCUGGACUACAUGAUGCUCAAGAUAUACCUUCCAAUUUGGAGGAACCCCUACUUGGUCCUGAUGAUCUUGAUGAAGGCAGAGGUCAACGAAGAGGUAGAGUGCCUGUCAGGUUACAGGUUUAUCAUGGUAGAUUCGGUCAUUGGGAAAGAGAAGGUCUUCGAAAAUACAAAGACUCCGGUUUCCUCGCUUUGUGGCUCACUAGCUUGAUGGGUAUCUGCAUAGGCUUAGGAUUCGUGUGGGGCUCUACUGAUCCUCCGCCGUCCACUCCCGGUACCCCCACGCCUUCCGCUCCUUCAUUUGUUCCCCUGAUUCCCUUACUUCUGAUUCUGCUCAUUCCGACACUUGUAUUCCCAGUCGCGUUCCUUCUUCUUCUGCGGAAGACCGUCAGGCCAGUACUACUAGCGACUGCGAUCAGUAUACCAUUCUCGCUCUUCCUCUGUGGAUGGUGGGCUUUUGGCGAGAGUUUCAAUACGAGCGGUCUAGGUUCGGUGGAACAAGGAGAAAGAUGGUGGGGCACAACUGGACUGAGAAUAGUCGCGGGACUAUUGUGGCUGUUAGCUGCUGGAUUCGCCAGACUGGUGUGGCGCAGAAGAAAGAGAUUAGAUAGGACAGCGUCUGUUGUCGAGCUAUCGACUAACCUACUUCUUACCCAUUCUCCAUUGCUCUUGCUCACUCCAUUACUACUGGGAGUUUUCGCUAUCACGUCUAUACCUUUCCUCACUCUGCUUAUUCGGCUAGGCACAAUUGGAUACUGGAGACACCCUCGUGAAAACACUUGGGUGUUCCAUAUCCGACCUUACGCUGGAUGGCUCAUUUUCCUUGUGACUCUCGUCUGGGUAUGGACUUGGGGUGUUAUUCGAGGUGUAGGCAGAGUCGCUGUUGCCGGUGUGGUUGGGGAAUGGUUCUUCCAUCGGGAUGAUAUUUCUCAUCCACCCGCCCUCGAGAUAACCACUGCUGCUGUCCAUCGAGCAACGGGAACCUCUUUGGGUUCGAUCUGUCUUGGUGCAGGUAUCAUUGCUGUCGUUCGAACAGUGGGACGAGCAGCCGCGGAGAUGAAACGAGUGACCAACCCAAAAUCGAAAAUCCUCCCUACACCCCUUCAUUUCCUCACUGGAUUGACGCCUAUCUUCUCUAUUGUUGCGGGAGUUCUAGAUCAGUUGAAUGGAUAUGCGUUGGUGUAUGUUGGAAUUACUGGAGAUGCUUUCUGGCCAAGUGCAAGAAGGGCCGUUGGCUUGGCAGGAAGAAGGAAGGGAGGUCGAUUACUUGAUUAUACCCUUAUCAAACUUCUUCUCACUCUCAGCUCAAUAGCCUUGGGCCUCUUCACUGGCACCGCAGGCUAUUUGUACAUGACACAUUCACUUUCUAAUCCAGGUUAUGCACCGCUAGCGGGAUUGUUAUGUGGUGGUUUACCAUUCUUAGCUGUGAGAGCGGGGGCUGCUGUACUGGGCGACGCUGCCGAUGCCUUGUUUAUCUGUUAUCAGAUCGACAGAGAACUGGGAGGUGACCACUGUGAAAAAGCGAAAGAAGCUUUUGCUGGCGAAUUACCCAGAGACUCAGCUGUAUAG